AUGCCAGUGAUCCACAGCCAUCAGAAGGUCUUUGCAAGGGGCAAAGUAGAGGAAAGAGAGGGCCAACGAGAGAAGAAAGUCGCAGAGAUGCAGCCGGACAAGGACAGUGCCAGAUGGAAGAUGCCGGCUGGGUUCACAAGAAGAACACCCCAUAGUCUGCAUUUUCCAAAGAGGGACAAACACUUCUCAGGCACCGUCAGGCUCAAGUCGACGCCUUGCCCCAAGUUCUCGGUGUGUGUCCUGGGGGACCAGCAACACUGCGAUGAGGCCAAGGCCGUGGACAUCCCCCACAUGGACAUCGAGGUGCUCAAGAAGCUUAAUAAGAACAAGAAGCUGGUCAAAAAGCUAGCCAAGAAGUAUGAUGCCUUUUUGGCCUCAGAGUCUCUGAUCAAGCAGAUCCCUCGUAUCCUGGGCCCAGGCCUCAACAAGGCUGGCAAGUUCCCUUCCCUGCUGACACACAAUGAAAACAUGGUGGCCAAAGUCGAUGAGAUGAAAUCCACAAUCAAGUUCCAGAUGAAGAAGGUGCUGUGUCUGGCUGUUGCUGUUGGCCAUGUGAAGAUGACUGAUGAUGAGCUGGUCUACAACAUCCACCUGGCUGUCAAUUUCUUGGUGUCCUUGCUCAAGAAGAACUGGCAAAAUGUCCGGGCUUUGUACAUCAAGAGCACCAUGGGCAAGCCCCAGCGUCUGUACUAG